AUGAAGCGUAAACGGGCCAGUGAGAGUUCCCAGCCCUCAACACUAAGCAUUGAGGCUAAGCAAAAGAAAAGACUGUAUGCAAUGGAAUAUAGGAAACAAAAACAUUGUGAGUUUGAACCACUACCAUGUUUAAUAUCGAAAUUUCAUGAUAUUGUCUCACAAGGUCUUCUUUAUAUUUGCACUUGUUGUGACCAAUCAUGGUACAAGCAUAGUGUCAUUACAGUCACAACACUUAAAGAAAAUAAUCCUGAUGUUCAAAAAAGAUUGUUAAAUAAAAAAAGUGUUAAUAAUGUGGAGUGGUUGUGUAAAACCUGUAAUAAGUAUUUAAGAAACAAUAAGGUGCCUCCUUGUGCUGCCGUAAAUGGGCUGCAGUUUCCAGAAAAACUUUCGUUUUUUGAUCUAAAUGAAUUAGAGUGCAGAUUGCUUGCUCCAAGACUUGCAUUUCAAAAAUUAAUGCAAGCUCCUAGAGGUAGACAACUAAAAAUCAAUGGAAACAUUGUUAAUGUUCCAGCCGAUGUUGUUAAUACUGUUAACAUGUUGCCAAGGUUUCCAAAUGAGACCAGCACAAUUAAAGUUAACCUUAAGAGAAGAUUGCAAUACAAAAGCUCUGCUUUAUCACUAAAUGUCAGACCAAAUAAAGUAGCAGAAGCUGCCAAAUGGCUUGUAAAUAAUGGUAACCUUUAUAAAGAUGAAGGUAUAACAUUCAAUGGCACUUGGCUUGAAGAUAAUUCAAAUACUCAAAUGCUAUUUGAUGAUAGUGACAAUGAUCAAACUUCAGACGGUUCAGAAAACGUUGUGACCUGUAAUGCAGAAUGUAAAACCCAGCAAUCAUCUGCAUGUGAUGAUGAUGAUGAACACUGGAGUGAAGACGAGGCAGAAAUACCUGCUGGAAUCACUGACACUAUGUUAACAUCUCCAGAUUUUGUUACUGAUAAUGAACGUCAGCAUAUUUUAAAUGUUGCACCUGGUUAG